AUGGAUUUUCUCGACAGCCUCGACGAUUUCCGCAGGCACGUAAGCCGCAUCGGCAUCAGGCAAUUCCUGCUCGACUCCAACCUCCUACCGGCCGUCAUCCCGUGCACCUCCUGCGCCGGCGGCAAGUGCAGGAUGAACAAGACCGGCAGAUCGCUGCUGUUCUACAGGUGCAGCACGCGCACCUGCAGGCGCAAGCAGUCCAUCAAGAAGAACACCGUCUUCGACUCGGUGAACAUCCGGAUGGAGUUCUACGUGGAGGUGCUCGUCAUGUGGUUCCUCAAGUAUCCGCCGCGCGACAUCAUCCGCGAGAGCAGCUUGGUGCGGAAUACCGUGUACCAGUGCCUGAGGAACAUCAGGGAGCUGGUGUUCGUGUACUUGGAGGAGAUGGCGCGGCCCAUCGGGGGCCCGGGGGUGGUCGUGGAGAUCGACGAGACCGUGUACGACAAGCGCAGGUAUAACUUGGAGCGCGUGACGUCCGACGAGUGGCUGGUGAGCGGGAUCUGCAGGGAAAGCAGGACGUGGUUCCUGCAGCGCGUGGAGAAACCGACGGCGCAGGGGCUGAGGGAGCUGAUAGAGAAGUGGGUGCUGCCGGGUAGCGUGAUAGUAACGGACACGUGGCAGGGAUGCAUGAAUUUGAAUUUCAGCUUGGAGCAUUUCGUGGAACCCGAUGUGGGUCGGAAGAGAAGUAGGGUGUCCGAAUUGGCUUCGGAGGCCAAGAAGGACCUGUGGAGGCGGUACGGGAAAAUGUCUGCGCACCACGAGAUUCUCAUGGACCUCGACGACUUCCGCAGGCACGUAAGCCGCAUCGGCAUCAGGCAAUUCCUGCUCGACUCCAACCUCCUGCCGGCCGUCAUCCCGUGCACCUCCUGCGCCGGCGGCAAGUGCAGGAUGAACAAGACCGGCAGAUCGCUGCUGUUCUACAGGUGCAGCACGCGCACCUGCAGGCGCAAGCAGUCCAUCAAGAAGAACACCGUCUUCGACUCGGUGAACAUCCGGAUGGAGUUCCACGUGGAGGUGCUCGUCAUGUGGUUCCUCAAGUACCCGCCGCGCGACAUCAUCCGCGAGAGCAGCUUGGAGCGGAAGACCGUGUACCAGUGCCUAAAGAACAUCAGGGAGCUGGUGUUCGUGUACUUGGAGGAGAUGGCGCGGCCCAUCGGGGGACCGGGGGCGGUCGUGGAGAUCGACGAGACCGUGUACGACAAGCGCAGGUAUAACUUGGAGCGCGUGACGUCCGACGAGUGGCUGGUGAGCGGGAUCUGCAGGGAGAACAGGACGUGGUUCCUGCAGCGCGUAGAGAAACCGACGGCGCAGGGGCUGAGGGAGCUGAUAGAGAAGUGGGUGCUGCCGGGAAGCGUGAUAGUAACGGACGCGUGGCAGGGAUGCAUGAAUUUGAAUUUCAGCUUGGAGCAUUUCGUGGAACCCGAUGUGGGUCGGAGGAAAAGCAGGGUGUCCGAAUUGGCUUCGGAGGCCAAGAAGGACCUGUGGAGGCGGUACGGGAAAAUGUCUGCGCACCACGAGAUUCUCAUGGAGUAUAUGUGGAGGACUAUGAAUUUAACGCCGCAGGAUAUGUUCCUUAGUUUUGUGCAGGCGAACAAUCUCUUCUUUCCCAACUAAUUUCGCAAUUUUAAUCAAAAUACAAAGAGAUAAGUGAGACCAAUUUUAUCGUAAAUUAGGUGUUUCCAAUAUUUUUAUAGGUUGUUAUAAAGUUACCAUACACCACGAUUUGUGGUGUAGAA